CGCGGCCCGCCGCCGGUGCCGGCACCUGCUGCCGAGCGCCGCCGCCCCGGGCUCACGAUGGGGCUGAUCUUCGCCAAACUGUGGAGCCUCUUCUGUAACCAAGAACACAAAGUAAUUAUAGUGGGAUUGGAUAAUGCAGGAAAAACCACCAUUCUUUAUCAGUUCUUAAUGAAUGAAGUCGUUCAUACUUCUCCAACCAUAGGAAGCAAUGUUGAGGAAAUAGUUGUGAAGAACACCCAUUUCCUUAUGUGGGAUAUUGGGGGUCAAGAGUCUCUGCGGUCAUCCUGGAACACGUACUACUCAAACACAGAGUUCAUCAUUCUUGUUGUUGACAGCAUUGAUAGGGAACGCCUAGCUAUUACAAAAGAAGAAUUAUACAGAAUGUUGGCUCAUGAGGACUUAAGGAAAGCUGCAGUCCUUAUCUUUGCAAAUAAACAGGACAUGAAAGGGUGUAUGACAGCAGCUGAAAUCUCCAAAUACCUCACCCUUAGCUCGAUUAAGGAUCAUCCGUGGCACAUUCAGUCCUGCUGUGCUUUGACAGGAGAGGGGUUAUGCCAAGGUCUAGAGUGGAUGACCUCCCGGAUUGGUGUGAGAUAAUUUUUUGCUUGAAAAAGACUGCUCUAUUUAUUCAGUGACAUGAACAUUUUUCCAGGUCCUGUUGGCUGCUGGGGCAGCAGCAUGUUUAAUUUAUAGCAACUCAAACCUCUGAGCAACACUUGAAUCAAGUGCGGCUGAACUGGAACAUCCAGGAUGCUUUCUAAAUGUUUUCAAUGCACUAAGCUUCAGUUGGAUGAACAGAACAUGUCACUGUUCUCAGAAACAGAACUCCUCUGACUGCUUAUUCUCAUUAUUCAUUGGCUGCCUUGUACAAAUUGUCCUAUGUUUAGUGUUAUCUGAAAUACUGUUACAUUCUUUAUAACCAGUUUCUUUCAGUUCUUGGCCCUCCCUUUGCAGGUACUUAAUGAUUUGAUAGAGCAGUAGUGGAAAUCAUCAUGCACUAAGUCUUUUUUUUCUCCCUCUAUAAACCAGUUUUAUCUUUUCGACAAAAUUAAUUUUAAAGAGAAGACUAUGUCUAGAAGAUACAUGUAAUGAAGAUUAAACAUGAGUAUUUGCUCUUAAACUUCCUUCAUAUUGUUGCAUGUCAGGAUAAUUUUAAGUUGCUAUGUGCAUGGAAAUUGAGCAGUCUGUUUAUCUAAAGGAGUUAAGUUUGCUUUUCUGCCUACAAAAUUUGGUCAAAAAGCCCAACUUUGAUGACUACAUCUUGUAUUUCAAGAGUACCUUUAUUUACUGCAUAUAUCACUACCCAAAGUUAUUAAAGCACACCAGCAGAAAAUUAAGAUAGGACACUCAGAAUAUAUUUUACUAUCAAUUUAAAAUGAAUUACCAGCAAACAUUUCAGCUGCUUUGAUUGCCAGAGACAUCAUCUGCUUUGGGCAGUGGCGAAAGCAGACGUCUGAAAUAUUGUUUUAUGUCUUACAUUUUGAAAUAGUGUCAUGGCAUUUUCAUCACCAGCAUUAUAUUACUUCAAAACUCAUGGAGCUUUCCUUAAAUCUGUUUAAGGGUGUUGUGAAAUGUGCUUGAGACAGUGGUCAUCUUUGUAGUUACACUUCAACCCUAAAAUCUUCAUACUGCUAAAGUCAGUCUUAGUUUUUAUCAUAGUGCUAAGUGACUCAAACUUAAAAUCCUUACAGCUUAAAAAUUGUUUAUGAAUGAUUAGAAUGAAGGAAAUGGUCAUAGUCUAUCAAAAGUUUAUUUGGGUAGCAUUAAAAAAGUUUUCAAGGAAGUUUUCUAAUAUGAAAAAUAAAAGUGGAUAUCUUAAGUUCAGAGGGAAGACAAGUAUUGCAAUUUCAGUUCUGCUUAUAACUCAUAAUCAAGAGUGAAAGCGAAAAGCAGGCGUAAAUCAAUGUGGUUGUUCUGUGGUGUAUGUGAUGGUGGUGGGGAGGUGGGAAUUAAGAAAAUACCAUUUAUCUAAAGCACACUUUGCCUGAACUUUUGCCUCAUAUCAUAUUGUUAACAUAAAUACAAAAAGUAAUUCUCAAAAGCCUGUCCUGAAAAAAAGCAUAUUUAGUACUCCAGUAUUUCUUCAUAUGAAAUAUUUAUCUGCCUUCUUGUAUUGAAUGAUGUUGGCUGGUUCAGUUUUCUUCUAUCAGAUGAUAUAUGGUUAUUUUUUAUAUUACCACAUCAGCAUUAUAUGGAAAGUGUUUUUUAAUAUUGAUUGUAUUUUGUCAAAUAGCUACUAGUAUAGACUCAAAUUUGCUAUUUAAUUGUUAAAAUGCAAUUUAUUUUCUUUUUUAAAUCCUUUUUAAAGCAUAUAAUUAGUUUUGGAUUAGAAGCAAUGCAUGCUAACUAUUUAGAAGUGAAAUUGGCAUUCAAGUAGACACUGUGCCAGCAACUUGACAGUUCUGUUAGGAACUUCAUCAGAGCCCUUUUAAAGGGCUUCCAUUAAAUCUUUCCUUUCUCAGUGGGAAACAAAUGGUCCUUUACUCCAAGAGAAUGUUUUGCCUGAGCAGGUACUGAUACUGAAGCAUUGGCUCUACCGUCGCUGUGGCUCAGCUCAUUGGAAAAUACUAGCGGAUGAAAAUGUAAACGUGUGAUUAGUGCCUUCAUUCAUAUUUUGAGAUCAGUUCUCCGUCUGUGAAGUCAGACAGCUUGGUGAGUGAGGACAGUUUGCACGCUCUUCUGCAGCUCCACGUAUAGCUCGUCAGUUUCUGGGUAGAAACAUCCCCCACUCAUAUUCACUCCAGGAGAUGAGUCUAAAUUUCAUUUUUAAGUGGAAGAUAAUGAAAUUAUAUUUUAACCAGAACGUUUUCAGUGUUACAACUUAAAUAUGAAAGUACCCUUGGAGGUUCAAAUAUGGCAUUUUCCUUAACCUAAGUAUAUUAUCCUCUUCAUCUCAAAACCCAUUAUUCUUACUGAAAUCCAUUGAGAAUUCCUAUAGAAUUAAGUCAUUUUAUAAAGGUAUGUACUAAAUAUUUUUAUUUUUCAUUCCUUAAACCUUAAAUAUAUGUGUAUGUGUGUGUGUACAUAUAUAUGUAAUCUAUUGAAACUUGAGGAUUGAGAAUGGAAUACUUGCUUUCAGCUCUUGUGUUAAUGCAGUACAAAAAUGGUUGUUGUUAUGUCAUGCUCCUUAGAAGAAAGAGUACAAGCUUCAGUGUUGGGGCAAAACCAUUUUAAAUGGCAUCACCCCUGCAGCCACAAUCACUUGUUUUACAGGGGAGGGAGUGGUCUGAAACAGACUUUCAUAGAGCUCAGGCUUAUCUCCAACCCAUGAUCUACCUGCCUCUGCCUCCCACUGCUGGGGUUGUCACAGUCAUUCUGUUUCAGUAUGAUUUAACUGUUACUGUCUGUAGCAUAGAAAGAAGUAGUUAUUUUCCAAUAGACAAUGCACCCUGAUGUUACCGUCUCAAAGAAAAUAAAGUGUUUUUAAAUUUUUUUUUUAUGUAGUGGCUUAGGUCAAAUUAUACGCAGAGUUGUUUCCAAGGGCACUCAUUUCAUCUUUAUAUAAAGCCAUAUAUUAGAAAAUAUAGUUUCUAGGCUUCUAGAUGGACAAGUUUUAUUGGCAUUUAUCUGUGAAGACCGUUAUAAAUCUUAUUUUUUUUGUCCAUGACUGGAACCUCACACAAACUUCAAUUCUGAAAGAUCUUUUACAUUUUGUCAGGCUAGAAUCAGUUCACGAUGCAGCAUGGUAUCUUGUGUCUAGUAGAAUGCAAUCCUGGCUAUGUAAAGAAGCAGGUGUGAAUCUUAAAUUGGCCAAGUGACAUUUGUCCAGUUGACCUAAGACAGCUACUGUCCUUGGCCUUCCUGCUCUUCUUCCCAUACUGAGAGGGCUUCUGAAAGCAAACCAGAGCCCUGCAGCAUUGCGUAGUUUUCAUACUAUGACUUAAUUACGUGCUGCUACUAACAUUUCUAAAAGUUUAAAAUAAUACAGAAUACGUACAGUAUGAAAUACAAAAUCAUUUUGUCUACUAGUGGCUCCCACUCCCAUUAUUAUUUCAUUUAGUCUGUGAAUACUAAUCACGUAGAAAACAGUACACCAAUUAGUAACUGCUCAUUCACUUAAACAGACUAAUAACUAAUGAUGAUAAAAAGUGCAAAGCCAUUAUCCAUAAGAAGGUAGCAUUGAACUGCUAACAGAGCGCCUGUGUGUGGAAAUACUCUGUUCUCGAGAAAUGGCAUUGUGUGUUCUCCCAAUGUUUCUGAUUGUGUAGGAGUGUUUGGUUCAUUCUAUUUGUUGCCUUUAGCCAUUAUUCCAAACUCUGGCUUUCCAAUCCUGAAUGGAGAGAAUGGCCAGGAUGUCUGUGGUUUACACAUCUGUGUAAAUGUAGAAGUAGCUUAUAUUUAAGGCUAGUUCUUCAGUUUGUCUCAUCCUUUUUCAUUUAAUAUUAGUGUCAGGGCUGAAACUCAAAAGCCAGUUUCCUUAAAAAGUGCAUUUUAAUAAUUCUAGGUGACCAAGGAUUAAAUAGAGGUCAACAACAACAACAAAAAAGUUCUGUUUCUCCACUUUAAAUUUCAAGUAAGAAAGAAAUGUAUCAACUGGGCCUGGGAUUAGUUUUAAGAGUCUAUGGUUUGGUGAAACAUGUUGGGGGGAGGGAUUAAAUUGGGAGCUUUAGAGGCAUACCCAGAAACAAACUCAGAACACUUGAAAUUAACAAGCUAGGGUAGGAAAUAAACCUUGUAAAUAGGAAGCAUGGAUAGAGGAAUAGGAAGUUUUCUCCUUCCUCUCAUUUUAAGGCAUUUAAAGCUAACAAAGGUAUAAACGUUAAUGGUGAGCUAGAUGGCCUGCAUUAUGUUUAAUAUGGAAAACCCCUGAAGACAUACUAACUUCUUACAAUUUAUAGCUAUAGUCACAUAGAGCAUCUUUUACAGUUUUUAAAUCAGUAAUCUACACUUCUCUGAAAAUGGCAAACUAAAAAAAUGUGCUGUGUAUCAUUUUGGGUGUGGAAAACACAAGUUAUACAAGAAUGAAAAUGUUUUGUUGCAUAAACUUGUAAAAUUUUCAUUUAAAAAAUUACCUACUUUUCAGUUCACAAGGUGCUUUGUUCAAGUUUGUGGAAUGUUGUACCAUACCGUAAACUCCUCUUCACCCAAGCUGUGUAGGAAAUAGGCAAACCUUACCCUAAGGAUAGAGCAGCUACCAGAUUUACAUACAGUUCUCAUUGAAACAUUUGAAGUCAACAUUUAAUUAGUUAAAUAGAAUGAGGGUGAGGAAAGCCCUUCAAUUUUUCUGAAUUUGCAUACUGUGAACACACUUGGUUCAGCACUGAUAGGACGGCAAAUGACCAUCAGUUGUACAUGAUUUAUUUUCAUACGCUAACUGUUCGUGAGAAACUAGUCAUUUGAAACCCGUAGGAAAUUCAGGGACCCUGAAGCUCCUAUGUUAUUCUCUUGGAGUAAACUUUCAGUCUAGUUGUAAAAAUGGUUUGUUUUUUGUUUUGGUUUUUGAAAUUUAGAUGCUACAUCAUUGACAUUGCCAAACAAAAUGAUGGCUGUGGCUUUUUCUUCAAUUGUGGAAUGUUAUAAAUUUUACCAAGUUCAUCUGUUCCACAGAACAUAAACAACAGCAAAAGUGAACAGCCAUUACCUGCACUUUUGUAUUUAUUCUAAUCAUUAUAAUAGUUACAGUCACACACUGUCAUCCCCAAGUCAGUUGGUGCUUUAAAGCAUUGAAGAGGCACUAGCAGGCUCCGAGUCCAGAACACUUUCUGCCUUAGAUUGUAAAACUACUGUAACUGUAUGUGUAUUCAUAUUUCCAUUCAUUUCUUAAGAUUUAAAUAUACAUGCCAUCUUUUACAUUUCAGACUUAUUACAUUUCAGACUUACUGCAAAAGCUCUGAUGAUAUUUUUGCUAAUCAGCUUGGCAAAUUGAGUAUUAUUAUUAAUAAGGUGAAAGUUAUGAAUUUAGUCUCUCGUGUGCCCUCUUGUAUUGUACAGAAAAAAAAGAAUAUCUUUCAAACUGCAUCUGAACCCUAACGAAGCAAUGGAAACGUGUGCCAUUGGUCCGAUAUAUAAACACUAACAAGGAAAAUUUAAAAGUAAAUGACUAAAUGCAUAUUUUCACAUUACCACUUACUACUAUAAAUUGUUCCAAGCAUGUUCUUCUGGUGGUGAGGUUGUUUAAAAGACAUGUUUUUAGAAUUUUAAAUCUUGUCUGUCAUGAAAUGCUUCUUUUCUGUGUUAAGUUCAAGUUGCUUGUUCUCAUGAUUUUAUUUAUACAAUUAUGUUCUAAUGAGUUGUUCGCAUGCCAACUUACCCAAGGAGAAAGACGCUCUGGAAUGUUCAUCUUUUAGACAGGCUUUGGCUAAUUUGCAAUCAUGGUGCAAUACAGAAUAACAUUCAUUUGUUUUUAGUCCACAGUUUUAUUUUGUCAUAAUAAAUAAUUACUUUUCCAAUA